CACAUGCGUCGGUAUGGAGGGCAGGUGGAAAAAGAAAGUGAGCGCAAAAAAUAUUUUGUUUGCGGAAUCGGAGCUUAUUGACUGUGGAAUAAUGGAUUAUCAAAAGUAAAGUUUAGAAAUGCCUUUGAUGAAUACAUUAAGACGUCGAUGGGAUUGCUUGAAACGGCAUGUACCAACAGACAGAACCAUCUACGUGGACAACAAACCCUCGCCCAGCGAGAGCCCGGAUGUGGCGAUACAUACACACCAACAUUACCCCAAUAACAGGGUCGUCUCAUCAAAGUAUACAGUCUGGAACUUCAUACCAAAGAACUUGUUUGAACAAUUCAGAAGAAUUGCCAAUUUUUAUUUUCUGUGUGUGGGAGUUAUUCAGUUGAUUAUAGACAGUCCAGUAAGUCCAGCCACCAGUAUAGCUCCUCUUGUGUUUGUCGUGUCUGUCACAGCCAUCAAACAGGGUUACGAGGACUGGCUGAGACACAAAGCAGAUAAUGAGGUCAACAAUAGAAAUGCCUUCAUCGUUCACAAUGGCAAACUCACUCAAGUCAAGGCACAGAACAUCAAAGUUGGAGACAUAGUAAAAGUAAAACUAAAUCAAGGCUUUCCAUGUGAUUUGGUGAUGCUCUCCUCCUACGAUCCAGAGGGAAAGUGUUAUGUCCAAACAGCUAACUUAGAUGGAGAGACCAAUCUUAAGACCCACUUUUGUGUUCCUGAGACUAGAGAGUUCCAGAAGGAGAGUGACUUUAAAGACCUCUAUGCCACCAUUGAAUGCCAGCAGCCUAUUGCAGACCUGUACAAAUUUGUUGGUCGUAUAACGAUAUUUAACAAUAAUUCAGACAGUGUUCUGAAAUCUUUGGGACCAGAGAACAUUUUACUCAGGGGAGCCCGCCUCAAAAAUACACCUUUUAUUUAUGGUUGUGCAAUUUACACUGGUCCAGAUACCAAAAUGGCUUUGAAUUCCAAAGCUAAAAUAACCAAAUUUUCUAGAGUUGAAAGGGGUAUGAAUAAUUACCUCAUCAUAUUCCUAGUGAUACUAUUAUUAGAAGCGCUAGUGAGUACAGUUUUAGCGUACUGGUAUAUGAACCAAGACAAGAUAGGGGACCCCUGGUACGUACCUGGAGCCAAACAGAGCAUAAGUGCUAAAAAUUAUUAUAAAAAAUAUCAUUUCCUGUCCAUAAUCAUGAUUUUAUACAACUAUAUCAUUCCUAUUUCUUUGUAUGUAACUGUAGAAGUACAGAAGUUUGUGGGCUCCCUGUAUUUACAUUGGGACCUGGAGAUGUAUGAUGAAGACUCGGACUCAGCCACUCAGGCUAAUACUUCCGACCUUAACGAGGAACUGGGUCAGGUGGAGUACCUGUUUACGGAUAAGACAGGCACGCUAACAGAGAACGACAUGCAGUUCCGACAGUGUUCAAUCAACGCAAUUAAGUAUGAAGAGGUCGGCGGACAUUUACAUGAAAUGGCUACACAAGGUGGACAGAGUACUCCUGUACUGAGACUUACACCUGAUAUAGAAGAGUUUCUGGAGUUACUUGCCCUUUGUCACACGGUCAGGGUGGACCACCAUGAGGCCACACAGACGGGGGCAUCUGCCCUCUAUAGUCACACAGGGAUAGGGUAUGAGUACCAGUCCUCCUCCCCAGAUGAGAAGGCUUUUGUGGAGGCCUGCCGCAGGUAUGGGGUGGUGUUCCAUGGUACGAGAGAGGACCAUUUAGAGGUGACAUUCCAUGGGGAGAUGAGGCGGUAUAAACUGCUUCACGUUCUGGAGUUUGACGCCACACGGAAGAGGAUGAGUGUCAUUGUCCAGAGAGAAAAUGAUGAAAUAGUGCUAUUGUGUAAAGGGGCUGAGACGGCCGUCCUUAAGCUUGGGAUAUCGGGGGAGAUUGACAAAACCAAUCAACACAUACAUGACUACGCUGUGCUUGGUCUAAGAACAUUGGCCUUAGGUAAAAGGGUUUUUACACCAAAAGAAUAUGAAAAAGUGGAUACCAUAUUGACCGAGGCUAGGAGUGCCAUGGAUAAACGAGAAGAAAAGCUGGAGGAGGCCUUCCAGGCAAUAGAGAGAGACCUCCACAUACUGGGCGCCACCGCGGUGGAGGACAGACUUCAGGACGGUGUCCCCGAGACCAUCACCACUCUACGCAGAGCUGGCAUCAAGGUUUGGGUGCUAACUGGUGACAAGGAAGAAACCGCUGUCAACAUCAGUUACUCGGCCGGUCACAUCCACGACGGAAUGGAGGAAUUACGACUGACAAAGGCCUCGUGUACCGACCACACAACAUGUGGAGAGGAGAUCACCAAAAAUAUCCACAGAUGUCAAGUUUUGAAUUCCUCCAAUCAGCAGUUUGUAUUGAUCGUAGAUGGCUUCAGUUUGACCUUUGCCCUGGGUGAACACAGUGAAGUGUUCCGGGAGUUGUGUCAGAUGUGUGGGGCAGUGUUAUGUUGUAGGAUGUCUCCACUACAGAAAGCUGAGGUUGUGAAGCUGAUGAAGAUUGCUAAGCACACCCCAGUAACAGCAGCCAUUGGAGACGGUGCUAAUGAUGUCAGCAUGAUUCAGGAGGCCCAUGUAGGAUUAGGAAUCAUGGGUAAAGAAGGAAGACAGGCGGUCCGUAACAGCGACUAUGCAUUCGCCAAGUUCCGUUUUUUACAACGACUUCUUUUGGUCCAUGGCCAUUAUUUUUAUUACCGACUUGCAACUCUAGUCCAAUAUUUCUUUUAUAAAAAUGUAGCCUUUAUCACCAUGCAGUUAUUCUUUGCUUUUUAUUCAUCAUUUUCACAACAGUCCCUUCUGGCAAGCUUUCAUCUCAUGUUUUAUAACAUCACCAUGACCUCACUGCCGAUCUUCAUAUACAGCCUGUUUGAGCAGCACAUAUCACAACGAGAUCUCAUCGAAAAACCUCAACUAUACAAAGAAAUUACAAAAAAUAAAAUGUUAAACAAGAAAAAUUUCCUUAAAUGGAAUGCAUUAGGAUUAUGGCAUGUUUUUGUGUUUUUCUUUGGUGUUGUAUUUUUAUUUGGAAAUGAUGUUCCAUUGUGGCCAAAUGGAAAGAUGAUGGGUAUUUGGAGUUUUGGCACAAUAGCUUACACAGUUUGUGUUAUUACAGUUAAUCUAAAGCUGUGUUUAGAGACCUAUUUCUGGCCUCUUCCUAUGUUCCUGGCUUACGUCAUAUCAGGUGUGGGCAAUAUAAGCAUGACUCUUGUCUACACAAUGAUUUUCUGGCCACCCCUGAUACAGACCCUCCAGGAUUAUUAUAAAGUGUACACCACCAGCUUGGGCUGUGGGACGGUGUGGUUAUGUAUUGUGGUGCUAGCUGUCAUAGCUCUGUUUCCCGACAUCAUCAUACGAGUGGCCCGAGACACGGGCAAAAAAAUAACGGAGUCCACCAAGAGGAGGAUCCACUCUGAGUCCUCUGUCCCUUUACAGCCUCUCUCCUCAAACUGCACCCAGAAGUUCAUCACGGACCAAGUCCCCGACAACAGGUCACCCGUUAUAAAAACUCGCUCAAUUACAAAGACUCGACUAUGAUUUGUAAAUCAGCUUGCAUUUUGUACAUUUUAAUGUAAAGUGGUGCUGAAUUGAAAAAAGAAUUUAUGCAAUGUGUGUCAAUUGUUAUUUUUAUGAAAUUACUUGUAUUUAUUGUGUAAAAUCAAAGUUAUACACUGUUAAAGUGCCAUUAAGGAUGUUUUUUUCCAUAUACCAAAUUGAAGCAUGUCUCUUCAGGGCUAUUUUUCUACUGGUGUUAUACAAUUAUACAUUCAAAGAACAUAUUGUCUAUGUACAAUGUAU